AUGUCGAUCUCCGUCAAAGACCUCGACCCCGCGUUCCAGGGACUUAGCAACAAACCAGGGCUGGACGUGUGGCGUCUGGAUCAAGGUCAAGUGGUAGCGGUUCCCAAGGCCGACCAUGGCAAGUUCUUCACCAAGGACGCGUACAUCGUGCUCAAGACGUCUGGAUCGAAGCACGGCGGCGCGGUCACAUACGCCAUUCACUACUGGCUGGGGAAGUCGACGACUCAGGACGACGCGGCGAUGGCGGCGAUCAAGACGGUGGAUCUGGACGCGGCGCUGGGCGGCAAGGCGGCGCAGUACCGCGAGACGCAGGGCCACGAGUCGGACCUGCUGCUCUCCUACUUCCGCCCCUGCAUCAUCGCCACGCCCGGCUCCUGGGGGAAACCCGACCCCGAGGCGUCCCAGCCGCGCCUGCUGCAAGUCAAGGGCCGCCGAUUCAUCCACGUCAGACAGGUGGCGGUGGCGCGGUCGUCGCUGUCGCACUCGGAGAUAUUCGUGCUGGACACGCGCAGCAAGCUGUUCCAGUUCACGGGCGCCAACGCCAGCAAGCAGGAGCGCGUCAAGGGCAUGGAGGUCAUGCAGCUGCUGCAGGACUCCGUGUAUGGCGGCAAGGCCCCCAUCGCCAUCAUCGACGACGGCAAGCUGGACGAUCCGGAGUCGAACGAGUUUUGGGACAUGUUUGGGGGCUUCGCGCCCAUCGCCAAGAAGAGCCAGGGCGAGGACGACGUCGAGGUCAAGCCCACGCCGCCCACGCUCUACUGGUCAGCACUCUACAUUCUUCACUGCUUCCCGUUUCCCCAACCCAACCCCUCCAUUCCACCGCUCGCCCCCUCUUCUCCUUGCCAAUCCCCACCCUGUCCCCUUGCCAAUCCCCACCCUGUCCCCUUGCCAAUCCCCACCCUGUCCCCUUGCCAAACCGCACCUCACCUCUUUGCUUCCCCCCUCCUCGUCCGCUCCUCUCCGCCCACUCCCCUCCCCCUCCCCCUGUGCGCGCACAGGGUGUCGGGCGACGGGCUGCAGGAGGUGGGGGCGGGCGCGCUGAAGAAGCUGCAGCUGGAGGGCAACAAGUGCUACCUGGUGGACAUGGGCCCCACCGUCUUCGUCUGGUUCGGCCGCAUCUCCUCCCUCGACGAGCGCCGCGCCGCCUGCAUCGCCGCUGAGACGCAGCUGGUGGUGGGCAAGAAGCCCCCCUCCGUGCGAGUGGUGCGCAUGCCCGAGCGCUUCGAGCUGACCGCCUUCAAGGCCUGCUUCUCCGAUUGGCCCGUCGUGCCCGUGCUGGGCGGCGGGGAGGGCGGCAACAAGCUCAAAGCAAUGCUGAAGCAGAGCGGUGUGGUGGACAAGGCGGCCCCCAAGGGUGCAGCAGGCGGCAGUGACGAGCACCCGCCUCUGGCAGAGACGCCAGGCGACCUCAAGGUGCGGGCGAGAAGGGCCUCACCACCCCCCCCCUUUUUCCUCCCCUCUGUCCUCACUCCCCCACUUAUUACCUUGCGCUCCUCCUCCCUCCAUCGCCUCCUUUUUUCCCCUCUUCUCCUCCCCUGUUACUGUCCUCCUCUCCUUCCCUCUUCCCCACCUCUCCUCCUCCACGCCCCCCCUCCUCCCCUCCUUCGCUUCUCCCCACCUCCCGGCUUCCCUUCCUCCCCGCCUCACAUACUCCCCUCGUCCCCUUCUCCCCUUCUCCCUUCCGCUCGCCUCCCCGCCUGCUCUUCCUCUCCUCCUCUCCUCCUCCCGCCUCCCCUCGUCCUCUCCGCCCUGCCUCCGCGCCUGCACCAACAGGCGUGGAGGGUGGCGGGGAGCACCAAGGCGGCGGUGGCGGCGGAGGAGGUGGGCAAGUUUCACGCGGGAGAGAGCUACCUGGUGCAGCACACGUCCAUCCGCGACCGCAAGCACGAGUACCUGCUCUUUCUCUGGCUGGGCAAGGACACCUCCGCUGCGGAUCGCACGGCGGCCACGGCGCUGGCGGUGCGGACCAUGGAUGGGCUCAGAGGCAACGUCACUCUGGUGAGGGUGGUGCAGGGCAGGGAGCCAGAGCAGUUCCUCUCGCUCUUCAAGAACCACCUGCUCUUCCUCAAGGGCAAGGCAGCAGAGGCGUAUGACGCGGCGGGCAUCGCUCUCUUCCGAGUGAGGGCGCGCGACAACGGGCUCAUCCUGGCCGUUCAAAUGGACACGGUGCCGCGGUCGCUCAACUCAUCGGAGUGCAUGCUGCUGCAGACCCCCGCCAACCCCUUCCUGUGGGUGGGCAAGAACAGCACCGAGGCCGACAAGGCCGCCGCCACCACCGCUGCUGAAAUCUUCAAGCCCGGGGUAGCACUGAAGCAGCUGGCGGAGGGGAAGGAGACAUCAGUGUUCUGGGGGCAUCUGGGCGCCAAGGGGGACUACCCCGCCCAGCGUGAGCAGAGGGAGGCGCAGCGGGAUGCGCGCCUCUUCCACUACACUGGCACUGCAGCCGCUGCCAAGGUGGUGGAGGUGCCCAACUACGAGCAGGAGGAUUUGAUAAGCGAGGAUGUGAUGCUGCUGGACACGCACAGCGAGGUGUUUGUGUGGGUGGGCGUCAACCUGCCCGACAAGGACAAGAAGGACGCCUUUGAGUACGCGCAGCGGUACGUGGAGCAAGUGGCAGGUAGUGAGGGGCGGUCCAAGGAGGUGACGAUCAUCCGCGUGGUGGAGGGCUUUGAGCCGCCCAUGUUCACCACCCACUUCCAUUGGGACCCCACCAAGACCGCUGCCUUUGUGGACCCGCACGAGCGCAAGCUGGCGCACCUGCAGGGCCGCGAGGUGGAGCUCUCUGACGCUGCCAAGCGCAAGCUGGCAACACUUGGCCUUGCAUCAUCCCACCCCGCCGCUGCUGCCGGCGCUGCUGCUGGCGGUGCCGCUGCGGCACCAGCAGAUGCGGAGCCGGUUGCAGCAGCCCCGCCAGCAGAGGUUGUUGCUGCUGCGGCUGCACACGCUGCCAAGGAUUCAGCAUCCUCUCAGAUGGCAGCAGCAAUGGCUGCCCUUAAGGGCUCCAUUAGGGGGGUGCCCACCAAGCCUGAACCUGCCGCUGCUUCUCCUGCUGCUGCCGCACCUGCGCCCAUCGCUACGCCCGAACCUGCUCCCGCUGAGGAGGUCGCGGCGCCCAUGUCUGCUGCUUCUCAGCGCGCUGCUGCCAUCGCUGCCCUGUCGGGCACUCUCACUGCGGAGAAAAGGAAGAGUGGUGGAGGAGCAGCAUAUUCCAUCCCCAAGGUGCAAUCGCCCGCUGCCACGGCUCGCUCACCAUCCUCCACGCCCGAACCACAGCCUGCUGCCAGUCCCGCUGCCGUCACGCCCUCCUCCCCCGUGCCCGCCCCCAUCCCCGAGGGAGACGAGCCCUCGGAUGCGGCGGGCACUGAGGCAGCAGUGGAGGGCGCCGUGUACGCCCUGGAGAGGCUCACAGUCAACAGCACGGACCCUGCUCCUGGCAUCGACACCAAGAAGCGAGAGGCUUAUCUGUCUGAUGCAGACUUCCUCCAAGCGUUCGGAUGUGAUAAGGAGGCUUUCUACAAGCAGCCCAAGUGGAAGCAGGAUACCAAGAAACGUUCGCUCCACCUUUUUUAA